AAAGCAGAUUAAAACAGGUUACACAUCUCAUUCUAGAGGAAAUCACACACGCAUACACAGUGUUUUGGAUUAUGGCUUCCACCACCUCAGGUGAUGUUCUGCCCACAGGCGGCAGGAUCUUCACCUCCAUUCCUGACGUGUUCUUCAUCCCUGAGUUUGUGUUUGGAGGUUUGGUGUGGAUCCUGGUGGCAUCGACACGUGUUUUUAUGGAAAACCCUGAGGGCUGGGUGAUGUUCGUCUCCGUCUUCUGCUUCGUAAUGACGACACUCUGGUUCUUCAUCUUCCUCUGCGGAGCCAAUCAAAGCAGCAUCUGGCCCUCCCUGGACGUGGGCUAUCAUUUUGUGGCGGCGGUUUUCUACCUCAGUGCAUCGGUGGCUCUGGCAUACGUCACCAUUCAGUUGGGUGUAUUGUCGCCGAUUCUAAUUGGUGACUCUCUCAAAAUCUACAGACUGACCAUUGCUGCAGUGGUGAUGUCCUAUGUGGCCACUCUUCUUUACUUCCUCCAUGCCAUUUUCUCUGCCAUCCGAUGGAAGAGGUCCUAAAACAACAAAACCAACCCAACCACAAAUUAAAGAAAAGAAGAAACCUAACCAGCUGACCUGUCAUUGGACUAAACACAUAACUUUAUUAUUGUUGUUCUCAGAGUAACUCCUUUGAAUCAAAGUGCCCAAACACUAAAUGAAUGAAUGGGUGGAAAACAAGCAGGUUAUUGAUGAAUGUUAAGUAAAGUAAUGUGAAAUUAAAUGAAAUGAACCUGUAGUUAAAGUUCAAAUGUGUUUGUCAGAAAUAAAUGCGAUAUAAGGAAAGUAGAUGAGUGUAAAAAACUAAUUCAACUGCAGAUUUAAUCAAAUAUCUGGGAGCAGGUACAGCAUUAUAAUGUUUAAAUGGAAGAAAUCUAUAAUGAUAUAAAAAGAAAAUUGCACUGUAUAUUUUUUACAAAAUAAGAUACAUUUCUUAAAGGGUCAGUUUACCCAAAUAAGGGAACAAUUUAUUUACAAUAAAAGUUGUUUAAAUGUUUUUUUCUGAAGAAUAUCUACAAUAACCAGUUCCUGAAGGUUGUCAUUCUGUGAGCACCACAAAUUAAAUUCAACAUGCCUCUGCUGUAUUUGUGUGGAGGCAAAAAUCUUAUUUAAGAGGGAUAUCACAAAUACUGGUCAAAUAAACCCCAACCAACUGCAUGUUUAGACACAAUGGGUAAGAAUGAAAAAUGUUUUUCUUUUAAUUAAGUUAAAGUUCAGAUAUUUACAAGUCUGUCUUGUUAAUUAAUGGCUUUACACUGGUUCCAGUUGGGUACUCCAUAUGCUUAGUACUGUACUAUUAUAAAGUUGGGGGACUUGUGAGAGACUGAUUAAAAAAAACAGGCAGCAAAAUUCUGACUUUCAGUCCCUACAAUAAUGUAAGACAAGCUUCAAAAAUAAUACUAGAUUCUUCGCUUCUCAUAAUGCAACUUGAUAGCAUCUUUCAUAAGAAUUCUGUGGCAAACGCCCACAUCUUUCAAACUCCACACCCACGGUUUGAACACAGGAAAAUUCACAAUCUUUUUGAAGAUGUAUUACAGAUCAGUGAUGAAUGCCAGACUUUGCAGGAAACAUUUCUACAAAUCAAAGAGACAUUUCACUAAGUAGUAGUAUGUUAACCAAGUCUUUUUAUUCCAUUUUAAUACUAUCUAUUUUCUUUCUUCUUUUUUGAAAGGCUUGGUUUUGAUGUAUGGUAUGGAUGGAUGUUUAAAAAAAUCUAAGGCUGUAAAUAUUUUGAUGAUUUCACUUUACAGAUGUUUUUGGACAUUUAUGGUGUAAAAUAAAUGAAUUGGACAUUCAUUAAACGUCAUGGAUUUUC